CCGUCUUUCCGUUUAUUCGAUAUACACUUGAAGAUUAUCAGUCAGUUGCAGUCGGGUGUCGAAGGAACAAAUACAAAUAUUUUCUUAAUUGUCCGUGAUAAUUUUUACUAAUAUUUUUUUGGUCAAAAUGCUGCAGCUUAGUGCUAUUUUGUUUUUAGUUUUAGCUUUAUGUCACAGUGCGUACGGGAAAUUAGUGCCGGACUUCAUCCACCCGUGCAAUGCGACGACCCGGGAAUGCCUGGUGCGGUCCACGCAGGACGCCAUCCCGGACUUUGUGCGAGGCAUGCCGGACCUGGGGGUGCCCUCUCUGGACCCCUUCGUCAUAGAGAAGCUGGCCAUCCCGCUGACGGGGCUCAAGGUCACGUUCUACCAGGGCAAGGUGUCCGGGUUUCGGAAGUGUAUCGUGGAUAAUGUUAUAUCGGAGCUAGAAAAGCGCCACUUCGUGCUGGAGUUCCACUGCAACCUGACCAUCCGCGGGCAGUACACCGCCGUCGGCCGGAUACUGCUGUUCCCCAUCAACGGGGAGGGAGACGCCAAGGUCAAACUUACAAACCUGCGUAUGAAAGUGGACCUUAACACCAAGUACUACAAGGAUGAUAAUGGUUUGGACCACUUCGGAAUCAAAGACUACAAAUAUUCCUUCGACUACGGAGACCGAGUGUCCUUUGACCUGAAGAACCUUUUCAAGGAGAGCAAAGAAUUGAGCUCAACAGUGUUAGAAUUCCUGAACCAGAACUGGAGGACGGUGGCCGAGGAGUUUGGGAAGCCCAUAGUGGACUACGCGGUGGAACUGGCCAUCAGAACCAUAGAGAAAUUCUUCAUUGCAGUACCCUACCAUGAGUUGAUCAACGUGCCCAUACCUAAGUAUUAGAAUAAGGCCUAGUUUAGUGUUAGCCGUAAGGUUAGGUUAAAUAAAUGUGUUUUUAUUUUUUUGUUA